UCUCAGCUGUGGGCCACAGCAAAUAGUCCGGAAGCCUGUGCAGACACCAAGGCGUCCGAGCUCACUGUCCCAGACCCCAGGAAGGUGUUGGAAGAUGGAAGGGAGCAGCUUCAGCUCCAGGAUUUCCAGUGAACAUGAGAACCCAGAGACAUUGCCCUUGGGCCUUCUGCGCCAGCACUUCAAGAGACAGAAAGUGGCAAUUUCCCAUGCGAUAAGAUGUACAUUUCCUUUUCUUGAGGGCCUCCGAGACCAUGAUCUCAUCACUGGUAAAAUGUAUGAUGAUCUUCUAGAUUCGUAUAGAGCCCUGGUCCCUGUAGACAAAGUGAUCUACAGAGCCCUGGAUGAACUGGAGAAGAUAUUCAGCAGGAAGGUCCUCUGUGAAGUGUUCAGUAAUGUCAACAUGGAGAAAUAUCCAGAUUUGCAACUCAUUUAUCAAAGCUUUCAACAUGUGUUACCAAAUGGAUUGUGUUUCCACGGAAGUGAUGGAGGAGACCCGAACUCCCAGCUGAGUCUUGAACAAGGACCUAAUGGCAGCUGUUCUCAAGCAACCCUGACCUUGUCACCCUUCAAUCACUCCUUUUCUGACGGCUGGGGAAGUAAUGAUAGACUAAAUUCCAGCCUCACCCAUGGAAUCCAAAGUGAGAAUCAUCAACUCCCCGGAUCACCAAAUCACCUUGUUUCGAGUCUUGAAGAUGGACUCUCAGAAACUGUACAGACUAGCAGAAUGAGAAGAGACGCCGCCACCAGCACUACCAACAAUACUAAUGAAUCAGCAAGGAAAUGCUCGACCCUGCUUAGAAGCCCAGGUUCUGUGCUAGAGGAUGCCUGUGAAUUCCAAGUCCAACUGAACAACAGAGAUGCUAGCCCAGAGCCUUACAGCCUACAGCCCAGCAGUGAAGAGAGAGCUGUGCAACCCAACCAUGACCUCCAAAUUAACCCCUGUUCUGUGCGGCUGGUAGAUAUAAAGAAGGAAAAUAUAUCAUAUUCUUUGGAUGAUAACCAACAGACCCAAGCAAGGACUAACGAAAAUCAGGGCUCUGAGAUAAUAGAGCUCAGCAGUGAUGAGGAUACUAAUGAUGAAAUCAACUUGUCAGAAGCCUCCACCUUAAUCCUCUCCAAGCCAGGUCCGGCACCACAGGGCCCCAAGAUAUCUGAGACUGCACAUUCCAGACAACCUCCCACAUCAAGAACAUGCAGAAGAGGAGAUACUUCUGAUACCAGCAGCUCAAGCCUCGAUAGAAGACGGAAAAGGACAGGACGGAAAAAGAGAGAGAGACAUGGAAACUACUUAAUACGGAACAUCAAAAUCCCAAUGAAUGCAAGCUGGAAAACAGCUUUCGGAACAAGACAUAGCAGUCCUUCUUCACAACAAGGCAGAAAACGAGGUCCGAGAAUUCACAAAGAUCUAAAUGCGGAUUUUGGCAGUAAUGAGCUUCCGGUGACAUGUGGCAAAGUUGUGGGGACUCUGUAUAAGGAGAAAUUAAAUCAAGGCAUCCAUGUGAAGAGCAUACAGAGUACGGAAGGAAAGUGGUUCACUCCCCUGGAAUUUGAAAUUGGAGGAGGCUACGAGAAAUGCAAGAACUGGAGGCAAAGCAUCCGCUGCAGCGGGUGGCCCCUGAAAGAACUGAUAAAGAGAGGAGAACUACAAGACCCGCCAAGGAAAACAGAAAUGAAGGAAACACCACCAAACUCACAACAAAGAAAGAGAAAGAGAAAGCUGAAAAAUCUAAAAGCAUGUAAAGUGUGCGGCCAACGACGGAGAGUGCACCCUUGUGCUACUUGUAGAAAAUUCUACCAUAAGAAUUGCCACAUCCCACCUGUGGAAGUUAAGAGUGACCCGUGGCAUUGUGCCUUCUGCAAGACAAAGAAUCAGUUAAGCCAAGAAAACCAAGCAUGUCAUAAGGAAUCUGAGAUCUUGAAGAGGAAGAUGUCACCCGAGGAACAGCUGAAAUGUGAGCUGCUUCUAUUGACUAUCUAUUGCUGUCCAAAAAGUGGCUUUUUUAUCCGAAAACCAAAGAAAAGGAAAGAGGACUUUCCAGACCUCCAGGAGCACAUGUGGUUAAACAAAAUCAAGCAUAGGCUGAAUAAGAAGGCAUACCAUUCGGUACAACACUUUGUUGGGGACAUGCGUCUCAUCUUUCAGAACCACAGCAAAUUUUAUAAAAGCAGGUUCAAAAAUCUUGGAGUCAUAGUGGGAAACAAAUUUGAGAAGACUUUCCAAAGAGUUUUUUCAAUCGAGGAUACAAGCAAACAACUUCAACCGUCUCAGCACACCGUUUUGUUAACCUAGUCCUCUCUGUUCCCUCCACUACCCAUCCCUCCAGCAGCCAACAGCAUUACACUCAGAGAACCUACCUACCUUCGUAGACCGCCUGCCACACUCUGUCUCUAACUUUCUAUAUCGUCCUUCCUGUUUGAUCGUCUUUCUAAAGAGAACUUAGGGCAUACACUGUACAUCACUGGUGAACUCUCAGGUGCUGAGCCCACUGAGAGGAUGACUCUGGAGACUGUCCCCUCCCCCAUUUCAAACGCAAGUCUCAUAAAAUGCCCUCUGAGGUGUCUUGUCUAGGGGUGGCCUUGCCUGUCUAACUCUGACAGGGAGGAGGAACCAGCAAAACCAAUCUAAGAAUGAAAAUACUAUGUCCUUGAAAACAGCUAGAAGGUGACCAUUGCUAACAGAUAUUAUUACAAUUGUUUAUCCUGGGAUGUAAAA